UUUCACUAAAAAACCCUCUCAGGUUUCUUCAGCAACAAGGCGCACGGCUGAAUCACUGUUACCCCUCGAGCCUGCAGAGGGAUCGCCACUUUCGCUACCUCCCCUCGACCUCGCCAUGGCUCCGGAGGCCGACGACGAGUUGAACGAGAAGAACCCGCGCCCCCUCGACGAGGACGACAUCGCCCUCCUCAAAACCUACGGUCUGGGACCUUAUUCUGAGAGCAUAAAGAAGGCAGAGAAGGAGAUUAAGGAGAUGGUGAAGAAGAUCAAUGAUCUAUGUGGAAUCAAAGAGUCAGACACUGGUUUAGCUGCACCUAGCCAGUGGGAUUUAGUUUCUGACAAGCAAAUGAUGCAAGAGGAACAACCUCUGCAGGUUGCUAGGUGUACGAAGAUUAUUAGCCCGAACACAGAAGAUGCUAAAUAUGUGAUAAAUGUUAAGCAAAUUGCCAAGGUAUACUUUUUGAGCAUGUAAUGCU